AUGGCCUCUGUGACCAUCGGUACCAAACGCUCGAUUGCGAAAAUCGACACAGAAAGCCAGCCGAGAGAUGGAUGCGCUUCACUACCAACGCCGUCUCCGCCAGCGUCCAAGCAACGAAGUCUACCCAAUUCGGCAAGGUCUACACCGGCACCUCCUCAGCUUGAAUUCCGGCGGGUUUUUGAUUCGAGGGCAUCUAUUGUUCUCCUUGGAAUGCAUGGAACAGGAAAAGCCACGCUGGCCAUGAUGGCAUCUGUAACCUGUCAACGGAGGGUCAUUGACAUGGAGAGCGUCUUCCACACAGCCACCGGCUUCUCAACAACAGCAUAUCGAAAACAGUUCGGAUCUUCAAAUCGAAGUAUUUGCCAAGAGGAUAUACUCCGGGGUGUGCUUCAAAACCACAGUAAAGGCGCCAUUAUUGUCUGCAAUGGAAGCUUUCCUUUGGACAACAAGACCCAGUCCCUAUUACGCGAAUUCUCAACGUCGCAUCCUGUUAUUCAUAUCACACGGGAUACUCGCAGCGUUUGUGAAUACUUGGAAAUCGACGAAGCUAGAGUCCAGGAACUAGUCGCUAUCAGCACACCCGUAUUCCGACGGUGCUCAAACUACGAAUUCUACAACAUCUCGGAGACGAAUGCGUCGCAUCUUUCCGUCGCCCCUGCACAACAGCGCUCUGUACCAGCAUUCUUGACACUAAAGAGAGCAGAAAGAACUUUUUUCAAAUUUCUGGCUCGCAUCCUGUCCCCUAGGGGUACGCAUGGGAGCACAGAAAGCAAUCGUCCAACACUGGAUCCCGGCUACUUUCCCUUAUCAUAUGUCCAUUUGGAACUGCGAAACUACACAUGUGCUGUGCAAGUCCAACUUUCGGACCUCAUUCCAGAAGAUGUAGACAUUGAGGAACUAGAAUUUGGCUGCGACGCAUUUGAAAUCGUGGUGGAACCCAAACAACUCUGUGCAGACUACGCCGAGGACAUUAGCAAGAGCAUAUCCCGGGUUCGCCGGAGUACUGUCACGCCAAUCAUCUACCAUGUCAUGCCCACUUCAACCAAAUCGAUCUAUUCCACAACAUCGUAUCUAGCUAGCUUAUGGCAUGGUCUGCGGAUGGCACCAGAAUUCAUAACGGUUGAUCUGACCAUGGAUGAAGAGGUGAUACAAGCCAUUGUCGCAUCCAGAGCCUCAACAAAAGUCAUUGGGCAUUUGCACGCCGCAAUGGACUGGUACGAUGUAUUUUGGCUCGAAAAAUACGACACGGCAAUGAGGCUAGGUUGCAGUGUCGCACGCUUCACACGCCCAGCCAACUUCAUGGACGACAAUGCGGCGAUUCAAUCGUUCCGAAACACCAUCUACGCAAAGUCGCGGAGAAUACCAAUGAUAUGCUAUAACACUGGCAAGGCCGGACGUCGCUCUGCAUGCUUCAAUCAGGUUCUUACACCAGUUAUUCCGGAGAAAUUGAGGAAAAACAAAAACUUCGAAGAAAGGGCACAAGAGAACCCAGAAACAUCAUGGCUCACCGUGACAGAAGCUACACAUAUCUUGUACGCUUCAUUCACAUACGAUCCAAUGGAAUUCUAUGUCAUAGGUGCAGCAACAGGUUACAGCCUAAGUCCUGCAAUGCACAACGCCGCAUACCGAGCCUGCGGCAUGCCGCACCACUUCGACCGGAUCGAAACCAGCCAACUAGACGACAGUAUCAAGCAGCUACUCCGACAGCCAAAUUUCGGUGGUACAGCGGUGAGCCAGCCCUUCAAAGUUGACGCCCUCGCCCUCACCCACGCGGUAAGCAAACAUGCCCGCGCAAUCGGCGCAAUCAAUACUCUCCUCCCCAUCCGCCACCUCAACCGAGACGGCACCAUCCCAGACGUAGAAAGCUUCGAGCUGUUCCAAGAACGCAGCCAAUCGGGCCCCGUCAAAGCUCUCUUUGGCGACAACACAGACUGGAUCGGAAUCCGAUCCUGCAUCCGGCGCGGCCUUUCACCCGCAAAUGCUGUCCGACCCUCUAUCACAUCCGCCCUCGUCAUUGGUGCAGGCGGCAUGGCGCGUGCUGCAAUCUACGCCAUGCUGCAUCUAGGCAUCAAAAAUAUCGCCAUUUUCAACCGCACAACCGCACACGCUGAAACGCUUGUUACUUACUUUACGCAGAUAGCAGCGAGCCCCGAGGCAGCGACGUUGUUUCCAUCCUUUGUACAAGAUACACAGCCUACAUUCUGUAUCCUGCCGUCACGAGACACACCAUGGCCAGCUGUCUUCCGUCCCGCCACCAUCAUCGUAUCCUGCAUCCCCACGCACUCAGUAAACGGCGAGCCAUCGCCUGACUUCACGCUGCCGCUGCACUGGAUGCAGUCGCCUUCUGGCGGUGUGGUAAUCGAGCUUGCGUACCGCACGCUAAAUACGCCGCUGACGAGGCAGGUGCUGUGGCUCACUUGCUAUCUCAUGCCAAUCCUCGAUACGCUCAACGUAAAACUCAGCAAUGGCAUCAAAGUCAAGCAGAUCCGCUGCUCCCAUCUUUUUGCUUGA